AUGGACGGCCAUCACCACAUGCCGCCGCAUGGCCAUGAGUCUUCGUCGUACCAAAAUGGCUAUAAUGCAGUUAACGAGUUUGGCAACAUCCUGUCAAAUGGCGGAGAGAAUGAUAACUUUGCCAACUGGAGCUUCGAUGCUGCCUCCCAUAUCCCAAACCAAAACGCUCCUCAAGCAGAUUCAUACUUGUCUUGGCAACAGAAUACUGGACUCGACAAUUACAACCCUCACGCCUUUUCAAAGAGCCCAUCGAACCUUCAAACAACUCCAUAUAAUGGCUACAGCAAUUCUCACCAAUACUCACACUCUACCUACGACCCCUCGUUGGUGUCCGGUGCCACAAAUGGACCUUCUUCAUAUGAACUUGGUCCGUCUCCGUAUGGUCAGCCACAACAGGUGCAGCAUGGCACUAUUGCCCCGCAAGCUCUAGAGCAUGAACGUGCUCAUGCUGUUCGACCUAGCCAGACUUUGGAUCCUUUGUCAUAUUCCCGUCCCAGCACUACUGAUCCUGCUGCCUAUACCAGAGUCAUUCCUCCAGCGCCUAUAGCAGAUCAGGCUGCUCUGUACAAUGCCAUCCCGGCCGGCACUCGCACAGGAAACUUCUGGAUGAAAGAUGCCGCUCGGCUUAGCGAAGCAACCACUUCCACUUCGAUCCUCCGCCGUACUAACAAUGAAUANGCCACUGUCGCACCUGUGGCACGCAGAAAGUCAAGAGCCGAGCUUCGCCGUCUUGCUGGCAAUGAUUCCAAGCUUCAAGAAAAACUGAGAAAGAAGGAAAGAAACCCCACUGCAUUGCCUACAGGUCCAGGCUCAGUUGGCCGCCCAACACAGGCUGUCAAGCAGGAACACUCAGAUUCUGAGACAGAUUCAUCAGACUAUGAUUCGGAUGAUGAAUCUGACGAGGAGCCUGAAGUUUCUCCCCUUCCCGCGCAGCGAUCAGAUGAUCCUCGUGAAGGUGUCAAAUAUGAUACCAUCAAGGCUCUUUGGGAGAGCCGUCACACUAGUGUUGUCGCUGACAGGAUUAGAACUGGCAUGGUAGAAUUCAAUGAAGUUGUGCAAACCGUGAAAAAUCGAUGGAAGGCUGAUUCCCUUGCGUUGACCGACGCGAUUGAUCGCAAGAGGAACGGUGAAUUGCCACUUUUGAGAAGCAGAGUCAACGAUCAACUUGAAAUGUUGAAGAUUGCAUUACAAACAGCAAUGGAGCAUGGAAACAAGGAUAUCAUGGCACAAACGUACGACGUGACGAAGUUGGGCAAAUGUAUCAGCAACUUGAGCAAAAAUGGCAACAAGGAAACCCAUGAUAUAUGUGAGCGUAUAAAGGGCAACGUUACUGGCGGGGCCGACAAUCAAGCGAACAACGACCAGCAGUCAGGUGUCAAAUCGCCACCAAGCAACCGACCUACUCCUGAGCCUGUUGCUGGUGUCAAGCGUGCUGCUCCCGGCAGUGCAUCUUCUGACCAAGCCUCGAAGAGAGUGUCUGUGGCACCCACAACUGGCAAUGCCGCUGCCAAGACGUCUAUGCUCAAGCGUGUGCUCCCUGUUGGCAGUAAUCCAAAGCCUACUGCUGCUGCAGCAAAAUCUGUCGUCGGCGCCACUGUCAAAGCAAAACCUGCUGUCACCAAGUCAGUCAUCUCUGCCUCUACAGGCGCUGGCGUCAAGAAGGCAGUCACCAAGACUGCAACACCCUCUGUGGUGGCCGCUGCUAUCAAAUCGAUCGAGAAGAAGGCAGCUCCUGCAGCACCCGCCAAACCUGCUUUUUCCUUCGCCGAAACGAUGGCAAACCUGAACAAAAGCAAGGAGAAGGAACCUAGUCCCCUCAAGGCAGAAGAGAAACAAAUUCCCGAGACGCCAGAAGAACGGGCAAAACGUCUACGCAAGGAGGAGAGGCGCAAGCUUCGUGUUACUUUCAAGCCCGACAGUCAGCUUGUCGAGACCCGGAUCUUCCAUCACGACGCCGAGGAGGAACUUGGCCAUGAUGCAAGCAUGAUUCGCGAUGUCAGCGAUGUUGGUGGCGAAGGUCGCAUGUUCAAGCAGCACAAAGACAUGAUGGACAUCGAUGAAGAUGACGACACUGCUGCGGGUGAAGAGAACCUUGGAGAAUAUGUCAUGCCAACAUUGACCGAUUUCAGCUCGGUGGAUCUUGAGGAGCGAAAGAGGAACUAUAGUCGCUACGCUGGUGGUGAGCUCCAACCAGAAUCUGCAGAACGCACCAAGCGUGAGCAGUACGAAGCUAGUACCUUGAUGGUCUUCUACACAGACCCGAGUGAUAUUCCGCCCAGUCCUCGAGAGCCAGCAGAGCCCUACAACGGUGAAGAAGUCACCACAAAGGCGUUUGGGGCUUUGGGUACCCAGGAGCCGCUUGCUUCGAGAAUUGCAAAGCUUGCCGGACCUAUUCAACCUGUGCAGACACAACAGUCAAGUGCUGCACCUGACAUCUCUGCGAUCUUGGCCCUGAUCAAUCCACAAGGUCAAGCUCCACCUCAGCCUGCUCAGCCCGUUUCAGCUCCUGCAUCGGUGUCUGCACCUAGCCAAAAUCAAGACCAGAUGGCUGAGAUCCAACGUAUUCUGGCAUCCAUACCACAGGCGGUACCUCAGCAACAGCAACCUCAGCCUAUGCACGUUCAGCAGCCAGUCCAACAGCCCGCACAGCCUAACAUGGCUCCAGAUCUUGCUGGCAUCUUUGCCAACUUGAACCCUCUCGCUCAAGCACCAAACAUGUUCGCCCCUACGCAGAAACAGCAGCCUGUCAUGGAUCCAAGCCCAGCUGCCUUUGCAGCUCUGUUCUCACAGCUCAACCCGGGUCAGAAUGGUGGACCGGGAGCUAACUUCAACCAAUUCCCUUAUCCUGGCGCUGGAUUUAACAUGCCCAACAUGGGACAAUUCCCUGGACAACAGCAGAACCAGCAGCCUCCAUUUGAGAACGAAGAUCGUCGUCGCUGGCGCGAAGGCGGCGCUGAUAACAACAACAAUGACCACAUGCGCCGCGGCAAGCCUGGAAAGAAGGGAACGCUAUUCACCGACAAGCGUUUCACAGUACCGUGCAAGUACUUCAAGAAGGGACAAUGCCAGAAAGGAGACUCUUGCACAUACCGACAUGAAUAUUGA